AACAACUUCCCCCUUCACGUUUCUGUUACCUUCUCGUCUUCCGCGUUUUUCUUCUUCGCAUUAUAUUAACCUUAUUCCUAUUUCCUUGGAAACUUCUGGAUUAAUUCACCCCACCCCCCAAUUUCUAGGGUUUAAUUUUCUCCUCUCAGAAACCCUAAUCUAUCCAUCGAAUUCAGGAUUUUCUUUUGGUUUUUGGUGAUCAUGUCGAGUUUGGAGGAACCACUUGGUUUUGACAAGCUGCCAAGCAUGGGCACCGUUGACAGGAUUCAGAGGUUCUCAUCUACUGCUUGUCGGCCUAGAGGAGAUGAUGUGGGCAUGGGGAGCUCCUGGAUUGAUGGGAGGACUUGCAGCACAUCUAAUAGUUGUGGGGAAGAUUAUGAAGAAUAUGAUGAGGCAUUCCCAUGGAGAAGGCAUACAAGAAAUGUGUCUGAAGGUGGCUCCUUUAAUCGAAGGAGUUCAAAUUCUGGAAGGAAUCAUGAUAAUUUUGGAAACAUUUGUGAUUCACGUUACUUGCCAGAUCAUCAAUAUAACUCCAAUGCCGAUGACAAAGACAUAUGGGGUAUAACAAAUAAGUUUUUGAAAGGCAUGCCCAAGUUUGUGAAGAUAGUAGAAGUUGGUCCAAGGGAUGGAUUACAAAAUGAGAAGAAUACUGUUCCUACCUCCAUAAAGGUUGAAUUGAUACGUAGACUAGUAUCUUCAGGUUUGCCUGUGGUUGAGGCUACAAGUUUUGUUUCGCCUAAAUGGGUUCCUCAGCUAGCAGAUGCUAAGGAUGUAAUGGAAGCUGUUCACAAUGUUGAGGGAGCUAGACUUCCUGUCCUUACACCUAAUAUGAAAGGUUUUCAAGCAGCUAUAGCAGCAGGCGCUAAAGAAGUAGCAGUCUUUGCAUCAGCUUCUGAGUCCUUCUCAAAGUCAAACAUCAAUUGUACCAUUGAAGAGAGUCUUGCUCGUUACCGUGCUGUUACUUCAGCUGCUAAAGAGCUUUCAAUUCCUGUCCGGGGGUAUGUUUCAUGUGUUGUUGGUUGUCCAGUAGAGGGAGAAAUUCCUCCUUCCAAAGUGGCAUAUGUGGCAAAAGAGCUUUACGAAAUGGGCUGCUUCGAGAUUUCCCUUGCUGAUACAAUUGGAGUUGGCACACCUGGUUCUGUUGUUCCCAUGCUUGAAGCAGUUACGGCAGUUGUCCCUGCUGAGAAUCUUGCUGUCCACUUCCAUGACACUUAUGGACAAUCUCUUCCAAAUAUUCUAGUGUCUCUCCAGAUGGGAAUUAGCACGGUGGACUCCUCUGUAGCUGGUUUAGGGGGCUGUCCAUAUGCCAAGGGAGCUUCAGGGAACGUUGCCUCUGAAGACGUUGUCUACAUGCUUCAUGGUCUAGGUGUGAAAACCAAUGUAGAUCUGCAAAAGCUCCUGUUGGCUGGGGAUUUCAUCAGCAAGCAUCUUGGCCGCCAGUCUGGUUCAAAGACGGCCAUUGCAUUGAGCCGUGUUGUUGAUGCCUCCAAUAUAUAAGAAAAUAUGAAGGCAGCUCAAAUUUAAUUCAAAAAAAUUUGAGCAGAAGGAUUCUUUUUACCUGGCAUGUCUCUCAUUCUACGUGUUGCCCCAUAUAUAUUUGUAAUAUAGAUAUAUAUAACUAUAUAGGAAUAAAAAGAACCCAAAACCAUAAGUCAGUUACCAUUAUUUUGGUAAUGGAGAAUUCAUCAUUAGAAAUUGUCACCAGCUUGAAACAAAAGCUGCCCCAUUCUAUGUCAUAUCCAGUUAAUUGAGUUAUGUACCAGCUUCUGCUGCAUUUCAAUGUUGUAUUUCCAAACUUUUUGUCGAGAUUAUGUUCAAUGUAAACACACAAAAUAUCAAUGCAUCUGCUUAUGUUCCGAUGUCAAAAAGGUAUGGAAUUUUGUUUUUGAUCUUUCCUUUUGACAUUAAACAGGGAAAAAUCAA